AUGGAAUCGCCCGUUAUCGCUUUGCGACGCGUAACCGCGACUCGAGAUUUGGUGCGCGACUGCGACGAGGCGAGUAAUUUUGCUGCGACAAUCCACAGUAUUUUCCCGACAGACUGAUUAUAACAUUAUCUUUCUUUCCGCUCUCCGCAUUUUGCAAUCUAUCUUGUCGCCAAAGAUCGUUCAAUACUUGGGAUGCCACUGGCAAGGGGCCAGCUAAAAUUUAAUUAAUAUGUGGCUCGUUCUGAAUACUUUGUAAAACAUCUUGGUGGUUAUUUCAAAUCUUUUCGACCACAUUCUCCACGGAUCACCUCCAAGUUUAUUUGAAGAUUGAGUCACCCUCAAUUUCUUUGUAUCAUAAAAUCUUUAAAUGGACAUUCAGGAAUGCGUUUCGAAUCCUCUUUCUCUCCUCAUUUCUGAUAUUCUUUAACACCACACUUGCAAAUUUUGAAUUUUACUUUCUCCUCUCUGGAAUAUUUUAAUCUCAAAACAUGCUUGUUUACCCUGACUCAUGUCAUUUUAAUAUCCAUUGAGGUUAUGUUUGUCGAUUUCCCCGAUUAAUCAACCCAUUUUUUGGAUCCCUCAUAUUGGAUAUCUCCCUCAAAAUUCGAUUAAAUUCUUUUCGCUUUUCUUUUAUUCUGCCCUCGGGCAACGAACGUGUUCGUAUCCUUCGCAGGUGUGGGGGAUGAUCGAAGACUCCAUUCCAGAUGUUUUUCCUCUAAUUUCCGUACUGUUUUCAGUGGCCAAAUCAUUCCGAAGGCCGAGUUCCGGUGGCCCGAUCUCUUCCCAAAUCUGCCAACAUUUCGAAGUCUACGGUAUCUCCGAACGGCUACAGUCUGGUGCAGACAUGUGAGCCCGGGCACAAGGGCGUGGAGUUGUAAGUAAUUCAUUCCAUGAUGGCAUCGCUUUGUCAUCACUUAUUCAUAUUAUUCCUCCAGGGACACUCUGAUGAUGCAGCUAAGUGGUGCUGUGUCAGUCCCCCCUCGCCCCACCACCGUUCCGCUGCAUCGGCAAAGAAAACCGUCGGCCGAGAAGCUUUGUCGAACCAAAACAGGUCUAGUCCUGAUUCUAUUUAUAUUGUUGUUGUUGUUUUUGGGCUGGAGAUUCCUUCUGAGGUCCUAUUUGUUACCGUAUACCAUGACAAAUCAAGAGUUGGCGGAUUCAAAAAGAACCACCGUAAGCGUUACGUCACUUUCUGAACCGAUUUUUUAAUUAGAAAAGUGGGAUACGAGCAAACAUGGUGUUGUUUUAGACCCCCCGACCAGAUAUAAACCGACCUCCGGAGAUGACCUGGAACGAGAGCGAGCUUCUCCAUCGCCCAACUCCCACCGAAGAUAAUGAAGUGCUGGGCACGGAAUUCUUCCAAAUACAGGCCGAUCUCCCUCCCGAUCAGCCUCCCAAUCAUCAAGUUCACCAGAAAAUUCAUGUUGAACAUUUCCCGGGAUUUCAAAGAUAUCAUCCCAAAGAAAUCGGUAGAUUUGGAGGAUUCGGAACUUAUACAACUACCACAUCUACCAGCACAACAACUCCACAAACUACAACGCGAUGGUCUGGUAGUGUUUUUGACGAAUUGAAUGAAAUUAUUGAUGAUUUAGAUGAAGCGGAAGAAAAGAAAAAGAUUACUACGGUAAGCAGACUUGAAAUUGAUGAAACUAUAUCUUAGACAACCGCUACACCAAAACCCUUUGUUGUUGUGGACAACGAGGAAGACGUUCGGCCGGUGGAAAUGAGCUUUGGAGACGAUGAUUGGUCCAUGGACCCCAUCGAUCAUCAUGAAGAACAUCAGCUGACGGUGAAUAAGCAUUUCAAGUUGAAAUCUCGGCAGCCGGACCAGUUCGAUACCCCCGAGCCGGUGUGGCGGAUAAAGCCGGCAGACCUGCCCGAUCCUCCACCGCCUCCCAAGCCCGUGCUCAACAUCCAGGCAACCAUGAAGACCUACGGUAAGUGAAAGACUGUGCUGUCUAUUCAUUAACAGAACGACGGCCUUGAGAGAAGAUUUAAGACGAUCCGGUUCGACGUCAGGAUUACAACUUAUACUUAAAUUUUGCCCUUCCUUUUCGUUUGCUUUGUCCAUCAUCAUUUCUUUAUAUUAUCCUUGGUUCUUCUUGUAUCGCCACUUGUCCCUUCGCCCUGUGUUUUCGGUUGUUGUCAUUACCAUUCUAUCGGCUUUCGGUCUUCAGAAACCCAACGCCAUCCACAGAAACCGAAAACCGUCGUCGUUACGCAAGGAGAGGAUCCGCUAAAAAAUGUAAGAUGACUUAAAUUUAACACAUUUUUAUACUGUAAUCCAAAAACGUUUGAUCUUUUAUAUCAAAAAGCCCAAUCAUAGUCCAGUUUAGACCCCAGUAAUCGUGACAGCUUUGCUGGAUAUCGGAAGAGGAAGCUGGGAACGAUUUACUCGCCCUUAUGAUAUAUAUCUAAAUUAUAUGAUGGACCUGCUGAAAAUCAAAAACAGAGUGAUGAUAUACUGUGAUAAAGCAGCUAAACAAUUUCUUCAUCAACAAGAUUUGAAUUGGAAUACUAUUCAGGUAAGUUUUUUGAAUUUAAAUAUUGUAAUUAUCAACUAAUCUUUCAGAUAACCGAGAUUCAAAUGUCCGAUCUGCCGUUUUACAAGUUCCACGAUGAAAUCUCAGAAAUCUUGGAGGAUGAACAACGUCAUUGGAAUAAAUCGUGGGACCUUAAAGUAAAGUCCCACCCUGAGGCGCUCUAUGCUGAUUACAAUAUCCUGGUCAACUCGAAGCCCUACUUUUUAUUCAAUGCCACAAAGAUCUCUUAUUUUGAAGCCGAUAACUUUGUUUGGAUCGAUGCUGGAUACAGUAAGCGUCUGAUUAUAACAUCUGAGAGUUAAUUUAGGUCACGGGUCAAAGGAUAUUAUUCCACAAGGUUUAUGGAAUCCCAAACUGCCUAAGGGCAAGAUUACGCUAGUCAAAAUUACCCCCGAGAUCGAUAAGACAACAAGGUCGGUUUUUAAGCCUUUUGGAUUUUAUUGUUCGUAUUGCUUUUGCUAUUUACACUUCCAGAUACACGCUCGACCUUGUCUAUCGAAAACAGUGGACUGUAGUCAGCGGAGGUGUAAUUGCUGGAGAUAAAAACUCGAUUCGACGAUUGAAUAUGUUCUUCUUUAAGACCUUUCUAAGUCUUUUGGAUCAACGAAAGGUGGACGAUGAUCAGACGACCUUGUUGAUGACGAUACGGGACUAUUAUGGGAUGUUUAAUAUCCUGACUGGUGGAUGGUUCGAUGCAUUCAAAUUAAUUCCCCUCAAAGAUAAUUUGAUUCUAUGA